AAAAUUGUAGCUUUCUUUCCGGUUGUCAAAUUACUCACAGCUUGCAGCAAAGUUCGAGCGCUGUUGAUUUUUCGUAGUCAAAGUUAAAAAAGGCUAAUAAAAUACACAAAAAUGGCUUUCGGUGAUGUCUCAACCCCACAAGGUCUAAAGGAAUUGGAGAAAUUCCUAGCUGACAACAGCUACAUUAGCGGAUACACACCCAGCAAAGCUGAUGUCUCAGUGUUUGAAGCUUUGGGCAAGGCACCAGUUGGUAGCUUCCCACACGUUCAACGUUGGUAUCGCCACAUUGCAUCGUACGAGGCUAGUGAACGUGCCGCCUGGGGUGGUGCGCCACUACCACAAGUUGCCGGUGCUAAACCCACAGUUGCUGCUGCUGCACCAGCUGCCGAUGAUGAUGAUGACGUAGAUCUCUUCGGCUCUGAAGAUGAAGAGGAAGAUGCAGAGGCUGCACGUAUCCGUGAGGAACGUGUUGCUGCCUAUGCUGCCAAAAAAUCGAAGAAACCUGCGCUUAUUGCUAAAUCAUCAGUAUUGCUGGAUGUCAAGCCAUGGGAUGAUGAGACCGAUAUGAAGGAAAUGGAGAAUAACGUACGCACCAUUGAGAUGGACGGCCUUUUGUGGGGUGCCUCCAAAUUGGUGCCAGUUGGUUAUGGCAUUAACAAAUUGCAAAUUAUGUGCGUUAUUGAGGAUGAUAAAGUUUCCAUCGAUUUGUUGACUGAAAAGAUUCAAGAUUUCGAAGACUUUGUACAAUCUGUUGACAUUGCUGCCUUCAACAAGAUCUAAGUAUGAGGUUGAGAUAACUGCAUGAAAAUAAAUUCCUUUUUAUAAUGAAAAUAAAACAUGUUGCAAAGUGAAAAGAAAA